AGUGUUUUUUAUAGAUAUUUACACGCAACCGCUUUUACAUGAGGACACAGUGUCUUUAGUUUAAACACGAAAGAAAAGCCAAAGAAGAAUAAAAAAAGACUUUUUUAGUGAUAUAUGUGAACCUGUAUGCUUUCGAUCUGAGAGGUUUUUGGCUUCAUUAUCCAAACUGUAGUCCAGUAUCAGCGUGGAGAGGGAGCACAAACACUCCUUUUUCUUUUCAAAUGCACUGAUGGACGACUCUGAAAUCCAUCUUUUUGACUUUGUGUAAAGAAGAAUCAGUGCAGGAUGUUCUCUAGAGUGAAAAGCGCUCGGUUUGUUCUCACUUGGAAAGCUGGAAAAGGCGCGCGCUCUCAGGAGCUAGACGGAGAUGCGUCCUCACCAACUCAGCACGGACUCGCAAAAAACUCCUGGAUUUUAGUAGAAUAACUAGAUGACAGAAAGUGCUGUGGGUUUCUUUCGAUGUGCAGCACCGUGCAUUGAUGAGAAGGCUUUAUAUGCUCCAUCCUGAAGAGGACUAGGGAGAAUGGAGAAGAACACAGGCGAAGCGUCGGGGGAAGUUUGAGCGCACAGGAGUAGGUGCAUCCCCGAGCUGAACGACCAUCACAGAUUCCUUAAACCAGGCUUAUUUCACAGGUUUUACACUAAAUGGCAAUGUUACACAGAAGUGACUGGUGGUGGAAUGACUCGGAAAGAUCCGUCUACACGAUGCCAAACUCCAGCGUGGAGCCAGCUCAGGAGGAAGGAGUGCAUAACUACUACGCCAUGCUCUAUUCGUUACUAAUCCUGGCGAUUGUAUUCGGGAAUGUGCUAGUGUGUUUGGCAGUGGUUCGAGAGAAGUCACUCCAAACCACAACCAAUUAUCUUGUGGUUAGCUUGGCUGUGGCUGAUCUGCUGGUGGCUUCGCUGGUCAUGCCUUGGGUUGUUUAUUUAGAGGUGGUCGGUGGCUCUUGGCUCUUUAGCCGUUUGUACUGCAAUAUAUUUGUGAUGUUGGACGUGAUGAUGUGUACAGCCAGCAUUCUCAACUUGUGUGCUAUCAGCAUCGACAGGUACACAGCCGUGGUCAUGCCCGUACUGUACAACACGACUAACAGUUCACGUAAAAGGGUGUCAGUCAUGAUAGGCACAGUGUGGAUCCUGGCCUUCGCUGUCUCCUGCCCUUUACUGUUUGGCUUCAACACCACAGAUGAUCCACUGGUGUGCUCCAUAUCGAACCCUGAUUUUGUCAUCUAUUCGUCUGUCGUGUCGUUCUACCUUCCCUUCGUGGUGACGUUGCUGGUUUACGUGCGCAUCUACAUCUUCCUCAGGAGAAGGAGGAAGAGGAUAACUUUCCGGCAAGCCAGCAGCGAAGUUCCACCAGGAUCCACACUGCCAACCGCAUCUUGUCUUUCUUCUCCUCUCAUACUUAUUUCCUCUGCUUUUCUUUCUGACUCUGUCCCUAAGGAGACCUGUUUGCAAGACGAUGCUCAAAAAGACAGACGUGACCUGUCUCCCAUCAGGAUCAAUGUGGUAAAUGAGAGCACAGAGAAGGUGGCUCGUCCCCGGCUGCUAUCAGGCUGUCUACGACGUAAACGGCCUAAAACGGUCCCCGUCGAUAACUCCAUCCUUCCCCCGGUGGACACGCCGAACUACUGCAGCAUCAGCCAGGCCUCCUUUGCACGCACCGAAGCCGAGCCCAACCGUGAUGAAGAGGUGAGGCAAGAAGAAGAGCAAGCGACUGUGAGGCGAAGUGAGGUGAAGGAGAUGUCUAACGGACACGCUCGCACCACAGUUCGUCCUGCUCGGGUCUCACGGCACAACAACCAGAGCCGCUACAGGAACCGACAGUCCAGAGAGAAGAAAGCCACACAGAUGCUGGCUAUUGUACUGGGAGUCUUUCUCAUCUGCUGGUUGCCCUUCUUUGUGACUCACAUCUUGAACACUCACUGCAGGAAGUGCCACGUGCCGCCCGAGCUGUACAGCGCCUUCACCUGGCUCGGCUACGUCAACAGCGCCCUCAAUCCUGUCAUUUACACCACAUUCAACAUAGAGUUUCGCCGAGCCUUCAUCAAAAUCCUGACCUGCUGAUCGUGUCUUUAGAAUUCUUCAAACUUUUCUCGCUGUAGACAAAAUGAAUGCCAAAAUGUUAAAGGCCUUUGAACGCUCUUUGGUCAUUGUCUGGCCAUAUUCUAAAUCACUUCAUGCUUCCAGCUAAGAGUUCCAGUAAAUUGGACACAUAAGAAGCCACUGGAUUCAACACUGAAAUGAGAGCUGAGGGAAAAGUGCUUUGGAUCAUGUAAACAACACUCAAGAACACGAUCAGCAUCAAAAAGCUUAUGGAUUACAUAUCACUUGAGGUACCUUCUCUGUGUAAUAAGACCUGAAAGAUCUCGCAUAUCAGGAGAGCUCAAGGACACGAUCAGCAUCUGAGCCUCUAUAAAUCAUGGAUGUUCUGCUCUUUGUUCCAAGAAGCUGUUUUUUCCAGUUUCUGGUCUCAUUUGUAUUUGCAUGUCUUUGAAACGUCCCAUUUUGGAUGGAAAUGCUCAGAAAGCAUCCAGGCGGUGUUACAGGAAGUAAAGUAUUGUCUUGUAAAUGUUCGCUACCAGCUUAUUUAAAUGGAAUGCAUUGAGAAGUGACACCUAAGAGUCAUGAAAACUAUGUUGGUGGCCAUUACAUUUGUGACAUGUUUAUAUUAUUGUAAAUUAAACCAAAAAAAAAAAAACAUCCAUGUGCUCUGGUCUGAUAAAUAGAAAAUAGAAACACUUAGGAAGAAUGACCUUGAGCCUUGAGGAAAGACGUUAGAGAAGAGAAUGAGACAGGAAAGAUGAACGGAGGGAGGAAGUGCAGACCAGCUGGAGAUGCUCUGGAGAUGGAUGUGGACAGUGGAAGAAAGAAAAAGAGGAGAGAAGGAGAGAGAGAGAGAGAGAGAGAGAGAGAGAGAGAGGGAGAGAGAGAGAGAGAGCAAGAGAUGUACACCACACUCAAGCGUAUUUUAAAUUUUAGCCCUAAAAGCGCCCGCUUUUUGUGAAGAUACUCAGAAAAUCUCGGUGUACACAGCACAUACACACACACACACACUUCUCACAAGAAUGACAAUGUGAGUGAUGACAGCUGCGUCUCAGUCUGUUUAAUUAGUAAUUCAUGGCAAAAGACAGCUAAUGAAUUUACCAUGAUUCUUCUUCAGCCACACGUCGUUCUUCCUCUGUCCAACUUAACAAGUCCUUCACUGCAGAUUAACCCAGUCAAGCUGCUCGUCUCUGUUAAGCCUUUACACACAGUGAGGUCCUGUCAGAGAGGCUUAUCACUUCCUAUAAGCAUUUCUUUAUAAGGGAUUGUGUGUGUGUGUGUGUGUGUGUGUGUGUGUGUGUGUGUGUGUGUGUGUGUGUGUGUGUGUGUGUGUGUGUGUGUGUGUGUGUGUGUGAGUGUGAAAGCAGACAUGUUCUUAAACAGCACAAAUGUACAAACAAUAUCAUGCAAUAUAUUUUUUAAUGCUUUUAGCUUUUUAUUUUUAGGGUCCAGCUGCUCCAAGGAAAUGUUAGUAAUCGCUUUACCAAAGUAACUCUUAUUUAAUUUCUUGUAAUUCUACUGUUCUUGUUUAUUUUUAAUAGAUGUCAUAGCCAAUUUAUGUGGAAAUAUGGAAAAGUCACAAAUGUAAUUUUGAAUAAUGCUUAUAUUUAAAAAAAAACAUUUGUAAGAGCAUUUUUAUUUUCUAAAGACAUUUUAAAGGCAAAUCCAGUUUGGAGGAUACGACAAAGGUUAAUAAGGUGAUGAGAGAUUAAAAACUUUUAAAGUGACGUCGGUAAAACAUAACCCACAUUGAUCCUAUUGGCUGAAUGAAAACCUUUUUUUAUUUAUUUCUAUGAAACUGACUCAUUAAAAUUAAUUUCCUUAUGUGUUCCUUAUUGCUGCCUCACAACUCAUAAGUCCAGGGUCCCAUUUACAGUAUGUCAUUCGGUUACUGUCUGUAUGACCAUUUUGUGCAUUUUCUCAGUGAGGUUUCCCAGGGCUUUCUGGUUUCCUUUGCAAAGACAUGCAACUAGGUGGAUCGGUGACACUAAAAUUACCCCUAGGUGUUAAAGAGUAUGCACAUGGUGACCGGUGCUGGACCAGCAUCCUG